AUGUCUCGCGCAGGCGUCUCAAUACGCCACGCCACCGAUCUCAACGCGCCUGCACCGCCCGACCAAGACGAGACAUGUCCCGUGUGCAAGACAACGCGCUACUUCAACCGCGAUAUGGAGUUUCGCAUUAACCCAGAGUGUUAUCACCGCAUGUGCAAAACCUGCGUCGAGCGCAUUUUUAAAGAUGGACCCAACCAAUGUCCCUACGCCGGCUGCCACAAGACGCUCCGUCUUCGUGGUUUCAAGACGGCCUUUUUUGCAGACUUGACCGUGGAGCGGGAGGUCGACAUCCGACGAAGAGUUGCGGCUGUUUUUAAUAAAACCGAGGAGGAAUUCGAGACUCUCGAUGAUUAUAACGAAUACCUCGAAAUGGUGGAGUGUCUUACUAGCGAUCUCGUCUAUGGCACCGACAAGCAACGACGAAAAGCAGAGGCGCAACUCUCAGAGUGGGAGGCUAAGCACAAGGCCGACAUCGAGCGCAACAGACGUCUAGCCCGUGAAUCAGACGACGCUCGCCAACGCCGUAUAGCCGCAGAAGAAGAUGAAGCACGACAGCGACGUCUUGUGGAACGACAAGAGGAAAUAGAAGAAAAGGCCAAUGCAAAACGUUUCCGUGAGGAAAUGCUCGAUUCUCUACAGAGCGCCGAGGUGGGCCGUGCGACAGAGGCAAUGGACAAGAUCAUGCUCAAGAAGCGAGGCCAGAACAAGCGCGACGCAGCACUGGGUGCCGCAGGUGUAGGGGGCGGUCUUUCGAUCCGUGGACUGCGCGAGAAGAAGGGUCCUGUGGUGGAUAACGCCCCCUACGAUCCCUACGGCGGCGUGCGCGUCAUGCCCGAGCGUGUGGACCUUGCGCCCGAGAAGCUUGCUCUGUACUCUAACGAGUGGGUCGAGAUCACACGGACAAAGACUGAGUUCAAGGCCGGUGGAUAUAAUCCCGAUGAAUUCCUCACGCGAGCUCUAUUCGAAGCGUUUUCCGGAUUGGGAGUGUUUGUGGAUGAGGAGAAGGUUGAGAAGAGCGUUUCAACAGCGGGAGCUAGAGAGGCUGCUGUGACGGGGGAUACGGGGGGUAGAAUGGAUGUUGAUGAGCUAUUUUAG